UUGAAAUCGCGUUUUGCAUUUUAUAAUCAUAAACCCUAAUCGCGUGUGUGUCGUUCACUACAGAGCUAUUGCUGAAGCUGGAGGAGCUCUGCGGCGCCUCUAUGAGGCACCUCUGCUGCCAAUUACCUUCUGAAGACCUCAACGCUCUUGUCUCCAUCACCUCCGACGAGGAUCUCGCAAAACCUCAUCGAGGAAUACGAUCGCGUUUCAUCGCCGAAAUUACCACAGGCGUGAUGCAGUUAGGGCUGAGAAUGCUUUGACUCUUCUUUAUGGCAAUGAGCCAAUUGGCAUGCAAAGAGACUGGAAUGAAGAGCUGCAGUCUUGUAGAGAAUUUCCUCAUACAUCUCCUCAGGAGAGGUGCCUUUAUUUUCUCUCAUUCGUAUAAAUGGAUUUGGAACUAGGCCUCUUCUUUAGUUUGCUAUUAAUGGUGCUAUUGGAGUGAUCAGUGGUUGCAUUCCUCCGAUAAACCCGACUGACCCUGAAUGCUUUCACAUGUAUGUGCACAACAAUAUAUUCUUUAGUUUUGCUAUUGAUGCUGACCUUGAGAAGCUGUCAAAGAAACUUGUGGAUGCUAAUUCAAAAUCUUGGAGCUCCAGCUCUUUGCAAAGUUCUUCUGAUAAAGAUUCCAUUCCAGUUCAUGGAGAAAGUCAGGUUCCUAAUGGGGGGUAAAGAUGAUGGUUUAAGUUCAGAAGAUCUUAAUGGCACAAAAAUUACUCAAGAUGUUUCUCCAGAAGCUCAGCUGGCUGAGAAUGAGCAAGCCACAUAUGCUUCUGCAAACAAUGAUUUGAAGGGCACAAAGGCUUACCAAGAAGCUGAUGUUCCUGGACUUUAUAAUCUUGCUAUGGCUAUAAUUGACUACAAGGGUCAUAGAGUGGUAGCUUAGGUGUGUAGUGAACUAUGAAGCACGGACACUCCAGUCCCUUGCCGUGUCCGGUGUCCCACACGCGUCCGUGUCAGUGUCCGACACCGACACGAUACCCGUACUACGUUCUAUAUUUUGGACAUUACAGGUGUCCAUGUGUCCGUGUUCGUGUCGUGUCCGGUGUCAGUGUCGAUGCUUCAUAGGUAGUGAAGCACAAAUUUACCUAUUGCUGACUUUAUCUUUUUUAAAAGAAAAUUUGGUUAUAGUUCAUAACAUCAAUUUGUCUUAGAAGCAUAGAUAUGGAUUUUUGGUGUUUUAACUAAUCCUUUAUCCUUUUGAAGUUAUUUGCUCCAAAAUUAUUUUGAAUUGCAACUGAAUGGAUUAGAACUUGUCAAAACAGCUUCACAAUGGUGAGAAAAAAGAAUUAGGACAUUCUGAAAUGUGUUAAGUUGGUUUUAAAACAUGGCAAGUCUUUUAAAUUUCUUAUUUCUAUUAGCUUAUAGGAUGAACAUAUGUUGUAUAAUAUUUUUCUUCAGUUAUUUUCUUUAUUAUUAUAUGAACUGAUUUUAUAUUCAUUUCAGUACAUAAAUAUAUUUUCAAUAUCUUUUAUAAGUGCUCUUUUUAUUGUCUGAUUAUUGUUAACCGUGCAGGAUAAAUUUUUGUGAUGUCCCAAAUUGCUUUCUAUUAAUAAUUCUAGGAUUGGUUAUAAAGUCUAUAGAAGUUUAUAUUGUUUCACUUUAGUUAUGUGUUGGAUUUGUACUUAAAAUUCCUUAGUUUUGUAAUUUGAAACCUCGCAAAAUUCUCAAUUUAAAUUGUUAUUUUGAUUUCAAAUUGUAUAUUCUCCUACAGAGUGACUUACCAGGCAUUCUUCAAGGGGACAAGUCAGACUCUCUCUCUUGUACGGCUCUGUUGACAAUGGAAAGAAAAUUUGCUGGAUUUUCAUUCCAAGGUGUCAGAGGCUGCCAAAAAUGCCUUCAUUUGAAGGAACAUUUAGUCCUUGAUGGAUCUGGAAAUCUUUUCAAAUUAGCUACACCAGUGGAAUGCAAGGGCAUUGUUGGUCGUGAUGAUCGACAUUAUCUUCUUGAUUUGUUGAGAGUAACUCCUCGUGAUGCCAACUAUACUGGACCUGGUUCCCGAUUUUGUAUCUUGAGACUAGAAUUAAUUACUGUCUAUUGCCAGGCCCAAGUAGCAGAGACAUUGAAAUCUAAGGAGAAGAAUUUUCAAGAGGCAGACAAUUUGGCCAUUGAAUCUCAAAAUGGGCAGAACUUUUCAAUGCUGAAAAAGUGUUUCUUUGCCAUUGGAAAGCUUAUCCAAAUGGGCAGUAUCUUUAGUUGAUAUUUUAUACAUUUACCUACCGUUGAAGAUGAUAGGUACAUAUUAAAGACUUUUACCUACAGUUAGGAGAUGUAAGUAGAAGUUAAUGACUUUUACCUACACAUUAUACAUAGUAGGUAAAACCUAUAGUGACAGACAAUUAGCCGUCAUUAUACGCCCCUCAAAGUUGACGGAAGAAAUGUCCGUAGGACAAAGUCUAUCAUACAUUUAGCUACAAAUUUUUUAUUUAUAGUGACAAUUUUUGUCUGUAGGUAUAGGUUAUUUUUCUUGUAGUAUAAACUUUAUCCCUAUGUCACAUAAUUGACCCAAAUUCCAAAUUUACGAUUAGUCUGGAAGGGUGAAAGAGAAUAGAAUGAAAGAAGAUUGAGAAGAAA